CAACCCUCGGCACGUACCCGGGAACUGCGCGCCACCACCAACGGUCGCCGAACGCUGAAGGCGGCGCGCGGCUCCAGCUACCUCGGAGGAUUCAAGACAACAUAGUAGUUGGAGGUUUUACAAUCACAAAAUAGGACGGCAUUCAUCUGCCCCUACUAUUAACUGGGCCCCACCCCCAGCAUCUACUAUAAAGCAAAACAUGGGGACCGACUUGCUGGUCUGUGAGCUGUUUGACAGCCGUUUCGAAUCAAAUCGUGUCUUAAGAGAAAUCUACAGCCCAGAACAAAACAGUCUUUAUGUCAUUGAUCCGUUGCUGAAAUAUAGAGUUACUUGUUGGACUGAUUUUAAUUAUUUUUACAAAACAGUUGGCAAAUUGGACAUUUGAAAAAAAUAGGAUUCUUAGAGUACGGUGGUCGUGCCCUUUGAGCCAGGAGGAUUGGAUUCGAGCCCCACCUGUACCAGGAGUGUGUAAUAACACAUCUGAACAGUUAAUUUAGAAAAAAAAAUCAAAAUCCUUGAAGCUUGAUUCAACGUUUAAGAGGGCUUUUGCGGCCGUGUCCCUACCUCCGGGCCACAAGACCUAGGUUUCUGUCUACCCUGCUCCAGAGGUGGGUGCCAUGGACUUGCUGAAAGAGUUAAAGAGCAUUCCUAUGACUUUGGAGUUAUUGCAGUCUACUAGAAUUGGAAUGUCUGUAAAUGCCAUUAGGAAGCAGAGUAAAGAAGAUGAUGUCAUAUCUUUGGCAAAAUCCCUUAUUAAAUCCUGGAAGAAACUUUUAGAUGGCCCAUCAACUGAGAAACCUUCUGAAGAGAAGAAAAGGGAUUCUGUGUCCUUAGCACAAAACAGCCCAGAAGCAAAGGAAGAAAGUUCAGGAAGCAAUUCUAGUAAUCCCCAUGAAGCAUUCUAUACUCCAUCACCUUUUCAACUAAAAAGUUAUCCUCAGGCUCCUUUUACCACAGACUCAGUGCGGAUCAAGUGUAGAGAAAUGUUAGCUGCUGCAAUGAAAACAGAUGGUGAUUACAUUGCCAUUGGCUCAGAUUGUGACGAGCUCGGAGCUCAAAUUGAGGAAAGUGUGUAUCAGGAAUUUAAAAACACAGAUAUGAAAUAUAAAAAUAGAGUGAGAAGCAGAAUUGCAAAUCUGAAAGAUUCAAAAAACCCUAAUCUGAGGAGAAAUGUCCUGUGUGGAAACAUUGCACCAGACAGAUUAGCAAAAAUGACUGCAGAGGAAAUGGCCAGUGAUGAGCUUAAAGAAAUGCGAAAAGCCUUGACCAAGGCAGCCAUUCGAGAACAUCAAAUGGCUAAGACUGGUGGUACUGAAACUGACUUAUUCACAUGCGGCAAAUGUAAGAAGAAGAACUGCACCUAUACACAGGUUCAAACUCGUAGUGCUGAUGAACCAAUGACCACAUUUGUUGUAUGCAAUAACUGUGGAAAUCGAUGGAAGUUCUGUUGAAAAUUCUGAAGAAACUCCAGAAGACAAUAUGUUGGACCAGAGCUUGAUGAACUUCGAUUUCUAAUUAGUUGUGUAAAUCAGAAGUUAAAACUUCAACAAGGAUAUUUGUAGAACAAUACAUCCCUGUGGCAGAUUUUCUUUUGUACAAAUAUAGUUUCCUCAAAAACAUUCUAACUGUGUAUUCUGUGCAGAAUAGAUCUUGAAAACAAAAAAAACUCGCUUGUAAAAGCAGACAGCAACUAAGUAUACGAAAAGUUUCUUUUUAUAUGCAGUUUGAAAUUAAAGUUUUAAAACUU